AUGAACUUCUUUGGGACCCCAACAAUGUUCCUUCAUGGACUGGCUGCAAAUAAGUUCAUCCAUACUUGUGAUGGUAGCACACUUGUCAAUCAACAUCCAUUAUCGCCUGAAGUGUUAAAGCAAUAUGUUGGUAAGAUAGAUGAAGAAGUUAGGAAGCAUUUUGAGAUGCAUUGGCAUGGCAAGCAGAAGAUUUCGGCAAUGCUAUUGAUGAAGACCCUCAUAUUCAACAUUUUGAGCUCACUGAUAAUUGGAAUUGAAAAAGAUGAGAAAAGAGACAUACUUGUAGAGCUAUUUCAACAACUGCUGAAGGAACAGGAGAAAAUUGUCAGGAAUAAGACCUUGGGGGAGCUUCUAACAUGGAAUGAUCUUGCUAGUAUGAAAUACACAUGGAGAGUAGCAUUGGAGUCUCUAAGGAUAAUGUCUCCUGUAUUCAUUUCCUUCAGGAGGGUCGUUAAAGAUUUCGAGUAUGAAGGAUACCUUAUUCCCAAAGGAUGGCAGGUAGCUUGGUCAGCCUGCAUGACACACAUGAAUGAGUGUAUCUUCCCAGAUCCAUCAAAGUUUGAACCAAGACAUUUCAAGAAAUCAGCAUUCCUCCCUCCAUACAGUUUUGUAGCAUUAGGCGGUGGACAUAGAAUAUGUCCUGGAUAUGAAUUUGCAAGACUUGAAACUCUGAUUACAAUACAUUACCUGGUGAACAGGUUCACAUGGAAGCUCUGUUGCCAAAACAUUUCUUUUUCUAGAGAUCCAAUGCCAACAUUCAAGGAUGGACUAGAGAUAGAAAUUGAACCAAAGAUUCCUGACUAA